AUGUACGUGUUUGGCGACUCCCUAGUCGACGUCGGCAACAACAAAUACUUAGCCCUCUCCAUUCUUCAAGCGGAUUUCCCUCACAACGGGGUCGACUAUCCAGGCAGAAUAGCCACGGGAAGGUUUUCUAAUGGCAAGAAUUCUGCAGAUUUCUUAGCUGAGAAGUUGGGUUUAUCGACUGCGCCGCCAUAUCUUUCGCAGCCUAACGAUGUUUUCGUGAAAGGUGUAAACUUUGCCUCGGGAGGAGCCGGAAUCUUCAACGCCACAAAUGAUGACGUUCUUAAGCAAACAAUUCCAUUGCCAUUCCAACUAGGGUAUUUCUCUCUAGUGCAUCAAAGGCUUGUGAAAAAACUGGGAACAGCCAAUGCCCAAGAACACUUAUCAAAAUCAUUAUUUCCAAUCAUAAUCGGGAGCAACGAUAUAAUUAACUUCUCGAAAUCCAGAAAUACCCCUCAACAAUUUGUUAAUCUCAUGGUUUCGUCCCUCAAAGAGGUGCUCAAGGGAUUAUAUGGUCUAGGGGCACGUAAAUUUUUGACCGUUGGGACAGCACCAAUUGGCUGCGCCCCAAAGCAAAGAUUUCGAAAUCCAAGUAAUGAAUGCAAUGAAGAGGUGAAUUCCUUGUCCAAAAAGUACAACCAAGGACUCCAAACAAUGUUGCAAGACUUGAAAUCGGAGCAUAAGGACUUGCACUACUCCUAUCUCGAUGCAUAUGGUAUCAUUACAAACUUUAUCGACAAUCCCUCAACUUAUGGUUUCAAUGAGACUAAGGUUGCUUGUUGUGGAUUAGGGAGAUUGAGAGCUGCUGUUCCUUGCACGCCUGUUUCCUAUUAUUGUUCCAACAGAAGUAAUUAUAUUUUUUGGGACAUAUAUCAUCCUACACAAGCUACUGCUCACACUUUAAUUGAUAUUCUUUUCAAUGGUUCACAUGCAACUCCCAUUACUGUCCAGCAGUUGAUUGCUAUAUAA